GAUUCUCCAGGAUCUUGUUGCACUGCUGGUGUAAGCCCUCCUUUCCAGAAGAGCUGAUCUUGCCUGCCUCAAUCUCACAGGGAACAGCAAAACGCGGGGGGGUAUCGUGAUAAAACUUUAUGUUUUCAUCAAACCGGACCAAGGAGAAUGGGGGUCCCACACCCAAAAGAAUGAAGACACGACAGAACAAAGACUCCAUGUCAAUGAGGAGUGGACGGAAGAAGGAGACCCCCGGGCCCCGAGAGGAGCUCAGAUCACGGGGUCGAGCUUCCCCUGGUGGAGUCAGCACCUCCAGCAGUGAUGGCAAAGCUGAAAAAUCCCGACAAGCAACAAAGAAAGGUCGGGUGGAGGAAUCCUGCACCCCCAAGGGCAGCAAGCAAGGCCGAACAGAAGAGAUCUCAGAGAGUGAGGGGGAAGACAGCAAUGCACCCAAAAAAACCAAAACUGAGGAGUUACCCUGUCCUCCAUCCCCAUCAGAUGUUGACAGCCUUGAUGGCCACAGCUUCAAUGAUGAGAUGAGCAGUGACCCACGGGACAUUGACCAGGAUAACAGGAGCACCUCGCCAAGUGUCUACAGCCCCGGCAGUGUGGAGAACGACUCCGACUCCUCCUCUGUGCUGUCCCAGGGACCGUCUCAUUCCUACCACCACCCUCCCCUCUUUCCUCAGAGUCCUCCCGUAGUUCCUGCCCCUGACAGCCUAGCCCGUCCGCCUGAGCCCAGCUUUGGUCUCCCAGCUGAAGUCCACCCACAGGGCCCUGCUGCAGGGAGCUACCACGCUCAGCUCGAGGGCCAAGCUUCGAGGAUUUUCCAGGCUCAGGCCCCACAGACACCAGCCUCCUCCUCUUCUGCCGUUGCCACCUCUUCUACUCCCUCCUGCUCUUCCUCCUCCUCCUCCUCCUCUUCCUCCUCCUCCUCCUCGUCCUCUGUCCAUGCUCCUCUUUACCCUACACCCAAUGUGGUCCAGGCUGGGACCAAAAUUCCCAGUGGUGUAGGGGCGCUCUCAGCAUCCGGGGCUCGUGAGCAGGCCCUCAGUGCCAAGCACAAUCCACCACCCACCACACCUAUCUCGUUGGCAUCAGUGGCUGGGGGGCUUCCUCCUCAAAAGACAUCCCCCGCCAACCCUCUGGCUGCCUCCCCGGCUUCUGCUCCUUCCUUUCCCCAUGUCUCGGCUAAUCUGCCUCCCCCACCAGCUCUGCGCCCGCUCAACAAUGCAGUGGCCACCUCCAGUUCUCCGGGGAUGGUAGGGCAGACACUGGCUGGGCACCUCCCAUCUCCCCACGGGAUGGGGCCGGAGAAGGCACAAACCGUGGCCCCAUCGCGUUACCCCUAUGCCCCUCCACCACUGCCACCAUCCAGUUCUUCUGCUCAGUACGCACAGGCAGCCCCUGCCCAGUCCCUGCCCAGUUACAGUGCCACCUAUGGCCACUCCUUCCCCCCGCCCAGCAGCCUCUCGGUGUCCAGUCAGCCCCCCAAAUACACCCAACCCUCUCUGCCCUCCCAGCCUGUCUGGAGCCAGGGGCCACCCCCCUACAGCCGUCCGCUGGGCAACACCCCUCCCCUGCCCCCCUCAGCCAUAGCCCCCUAUGGGAAGCGAGCGUCAUCCCCUGUCCCUACCUUCCAACCUCCAGCCCCCUACAAGCCAGGUUCACCACCCGUGUCCUCUGCCUCCUCCUUCCGCGUGGCCACCCCUCCUGGCUACCGCAUGACGUCUUCCCCUGUGAUGGGUAGCUACAAAGCCCCCUCCCCUGCCCCAGCCACCCCCUUGCUGCCAGGCAGCAUGGGCGCCCCUGCGCCCCCACUGCCCCCGCUCCCACUGAGCGCAGCGCAGAUCAAGCAGGAGCCGUCGGAGGAGUACGAGCCCCCUGAGAGCCCCAUGCCACCGGCUCGCAGCCCUUCACCGCCCCCCAAGGUGGUGGAUGUUCCCAGCCAUGCCAGCCAGUCAGCCAGAUUCAACAAACACCUGGACCGUGGCUUCAACUCCUGUUCCCGCACAGACCUGUACUUUGUACCCCUUGAUGGCUCCAAGCUGGCCAAGAAAAGGGCAGACUUGGUGGAAAAAGUCCGGAGAGAGGCUGAGCAGAAGGCCCGUGAGGAGAAGGAACGAGAGAGGGAGCGGGAGAGGGAGAAGGAGAGGGCAAGAGAGAAGGAGGAGAGAAGUGUGAAGAUGGCCCAGGAGGGUCGGCCAGUUGAAUGCUCAACUCUUGGGCCUGUUCCCCACCGCCCCUCCUUUGAGCAGGGCAGUGCUGUAGCAACUGUUCCCCCAUACCUAGGCCCUGAUACCCCGGCUCUGCGCACCCUCAGUGAAUACGCACGGCCACACGUUAUGUCCCCCAGCAACCGCAACCACCCCUUUUACGUGCCCUUGGGUGCUGUUGACCCAGGCUUGCUGGGGUACAAUGUGCCGGCCAUCUACAGCAGUGACCCAGCUACACGGGAGCGAGAGUUGAGGGAACGAGAAGCCCGUGAACGAGACCUGAGGGACCGAGACCUGCGUGAACGUCUCAAGCCUGGGUUUGAAGUCAAGCCAGCUGAGUUGGAGCAGCUUCAUGCCGUGCCAGCUGCUGCCAUGGAUCCUUUCCCACGCCAUGGCGGGCUGAGUCUGCAGACAGCCCCUGGCCUUCAUCCUGCUUUUCCCUUCCAUCCAGGGCUGGGCCACUUGGAGCGGGAGAGGCUGGGGCUGGCAGCUGGCCCUGCCCUUCGUCCUGACAUGUCCUAUGCUGAGCGUUUGGCAGCCGAGCGACAGCACGCGGAGCGGGUGGCUGCUCUCAGCAAUGACCCUCUGGCCCGGCUCCAGAUGCUCAAUGUGACACCGCAUCAUCAUCAGCAUUCCCACAUCCACUCCCACCUCCAUCUUCACCAGCAGGAUGCUAUACAUGCAGCUUCAGCUUCUGUUCACCCUCUUAUUGACCCACUUGCCUCGGGAUCGCAUCUCACCCGGAUACCAUACCCAGCAGGAACCAUCCCCAACCCACUCCUUCCUCACCCCUUACAUGAGAACGAAGUGCUGCGCCACCAGCUUUUUGCUGCACCCUACAGGGAUCUGCCGGGCUCCCUCUCUGCACCCAUGUCAGCAGCACAUCAGCUCCAGGCCAUGCACGCACAGUCAGCUGAGCUGCAGCGCUUGGCUCUGGAGCAGCAGCAGUGGCUUCAUGCCCACCACCCUCUGCACGGAGUGCCGCUCCCGACGCAGGAGGAUUACUACAGUCACCUGAAGAAAGAAAGUGACAAACCCCUUUAAAUGGACUCCUACCCUCAUUGCAGCAUCAUCAUGUCUUUCUCUUAAGAGAAGCAAUUGAUCAACCAAAUCCUGGGUGAGGGGAACCUGCAGAGUAACACACCCUGAUCCUACAGUGCAGUACAUUGCAAGAGCAGAAUGGACGAAGAGUACAGAAUGGCAUCAUGGGAGCAGAAAGGAGAGAAAAUGGGGAGGAACUGAAAUAACACUAAAGGACAUGGAUUGAUUGGUACAUAAUUUCAGCAGAGCUUCGAAGGGAACAAAAUCAGCAUUGCAGAGAGCUCAAAAAGACAAAGAUUAAUGGAUAUUCAAGAUUGCAGCUGCUCAAUCCUUUCUUUUGGGGGAAGAGUUGUGUUAAAUAAAAACAACGCAGAGCAUCAAAGGACUUCACGUACAUGACGCUGCUGUCCUUUCUGCUUCU